UGGCGCUCGCUCGCGCCGGCCGGGACGUUGUACAUCGAAGUGCGCGCGCGGCACUGCUGUGUGCUGUGCACGCGGAAUCCCAUAUGUCCCGUUCCUGUCUCCUCUCUCUGUGCGUGUGUGUGUGUGUCUGUGUGUGUGCGCAUCUCUCUCUCUCUCACUCUCUCGCUCUCAGACACACACACACACACACACACACUGAGCCGGGCAGAGAUGGACUAUAACAGCGACAGUGUGUUAUAACCGGACGCGCGCGCGUGAGUGAGCAAGGAUUUAUAUAUACACAUAUAGUAUAUAUUUCUUGACCGGGACUUCAUGAGAUGCAGGUGUUCAGUCAUGGAUCUGAGGUCGUUGUUCUUACUGCUGCUGCUGGUUCAGUUUUCCGCUGAGGGCGCUGCAAAAGAAGGAGGCAAACCCAAGAAAGGCAAGAAAGGCAAAAAAACAGUCGUCUGUCCUUCUCAAUUGUCAGCCGAGGACCUCGAUCGAGUUCCUGCCAAUUCAACCAGCAACAUCCUCAACCGUCUGCUAGUGACUUAUGACUCCCGAAUCCGGCCCAACUUCAAAGGCAUUCCAGUGGAGGAUAAGGUGAACAUUUUCAUCAACAGCUUUGGCUCGAUUCAAGAGACCACGAUGGAUUACCGCGUGAACAUUUUCCUGCGGCAGCGCUGGAACGACCCGAGGUUGCGCCUGCCGACAGACUUCAAGUCAGACGCGCUGACGGUGGACCCCAAAAUGUUCCAGUGCCUGUGGAAGCCUGAUCUGUUCUUCGCCAACGAGAAGAACGCCAACUUCCACGACGUGACCCAGGAGAACAUCCUGCUGUUCAUCUUCCGCAACGGGGACGUGCUCAUUAGCAUGCGGUUGUCAGUGACUCUAUCAUGUCCUCUGGAUCUCACCCUUUUCCCCAUGGACACACAACUUUGCAAGAUGCAACUAGAAAGCUACGGCUACACCACAAAGGACUUGGUGUUCAUGUGGCAGUCAGGUGACCCAGUUCAGAUGGACGAGAUCGCUCUGCCGCAGUUUGAUGUCAAACAAGAGGACAUCGCUUACAGGAACUGCACCAAAUUCUACCCUGGAACAGGUUAUUACACGUGUGUGGAGGUGAUAUUCACUCUCAGGAGGCAGGUCGGCUUCUACAUGAUGGGUGUCUACGCUCCCACGCUCCUCAUCGUGGUCCUGUCAUGGCUGUCUUUCUGGAUUAACCCCGACGCCAGCGCAGCCCGCGUUCCUUUAGGUAUUCUGUCUGUCCUGUCGCUCACCUCUGAAUGCACGUCUCUUGCUUCCGAACUGCCGAAAGUCUCCUACGUGAAGGCCAUUGAUAUCUGGAUGAUCGCCUGCCUGCUCUUCGGCUUUGCCUCUCUGGUGGAGUAUGCUGUGGUUCAGGUGAUGCUGAACAGUCCUAAGCAGAUAGAGGCGGAGAAGGCGAGGAUGGCGCAGAAGGAGAAGGAGAAAGAAAAAGAGAAAGAGAAGGAAGGGAAGACGACGUCCAAGGCCAACUCCAUCAACGGCACCGGAGGAACCCCGAUUCAUGUUAACACACUGCAGGUGGUUGAAACCCGUUGUAAGAAAGUGUGCACCUCCAAAUCGGACCUGCGCUCUAACGACUUCAGUAUCGUUGGCUCUCUGCCGCGUGACUUCGAGCUCUCCAACUUCGACUGCUAUGGGAAGCCCAUCGAGUCCACGAACGCGCUGCUCAAAUCACAGAACAAGAACGCUAAGAAGCCGCCGCCCCCAAAACCCGUCAUUCCGUCCGCCGCCAAGCGCGUCGACCUGUACGCUCGCGCCCUCUUCCCUUUCUCCUUCCUCUUUUUCAACGUCAUCUACUGGUCCAUUUACCUGUGAGCACCUCAGAGUAUAUAUGCGUGUGUGUGUGUGUGUGUGUGUGUGUGUGUGCGUGUGUGUGUGUGUGUGAUUUUGAGCAUGCAUGACUGCCUGGACAGGGUUUCCGGCAUGCACCAAGUAUUUGAGACUCCCAAUAUUUGCCAUUUCAACUUGAUAACGAAGCCGAAGACUCAUUCUCUGUGAGGUUUAUAGGGAUUGUUGAUGUGGAAAAUAUAUGACAUCCAAAUUAGGCUUGUGUGAUAUUGAUUUGUUUGUUUAAUAAAAACACAAUAAACAGUUUAAUAGCUCCAAAAAAACAGAAAAAUGUGUGCAGUCGGGAGCUGCUUGCUGGCAGUGGCGGUUGCGAAAUGGAUGGUGGAUUUUUAGGUGAUUCUCCAGUAAUGCAUAGUCGAGCGUACACUGAUAAAUCAGAGUUCACAUUAAUGACAUUCUCCAUUUACCUUGACAGAAAGAGACAGCGCCCAGUCAGGAGUGUGAGAUGGAGGGAGGGGGCGGGGCUUCCAGGUAGUGUCAGUUCAUAUCAGAGAGUCCAAAACACGUGCGCGAAUCGUUCCAGAUUCAUAUGUCGAGGAGCUCAUCUCUCGUUUUUAUUCAGGGGGAAAAAAACAUUAUCUUCAUAUCUUCAUCUUCAUGUUGUUAUCCCAGAGCAUUGUAUUGUGAGGUCCAAAAUUAUUGGCACCCUCAAUUUAAUAAAAAAAAAAAAAAAAUGACCAAAAUGGAUAUUUAGUGCUGCUGAGGAUUGCUAACAAAUCAGAAACCGUAACUGUUAUGAAAUAGUACAAAUCAUAAGUUAUUUAUUUAUUAUUUAUUAUUUAUUAUAUAAAAGGAUUUAUCAAAGUACAUGAAGAAAUUUUUUUAACACAAUUUAACAUCCAGUCAGCUACACAUGGUUGGUCAUAUUAUGGUGAUAUAGAACAAAAAUACGUCCAGAAAAGUGUAUCCUGUUAUCAUAUUGGUCACUGUGGUAUAAAUGAUUGAGAAAUGAAAACAUAUAUGAUUUUUUUUACUUAUUACAGCCUCUUUUUGAGUGCAUGACUUUGCAAAGUUAAACUAUUCUGAGUGGAAAGCCCAGACUUGUUUCUAACCAGCUUCUCUGCAUCGAGACCAUUUUACAUCUGUGUGUGUGUGUGUGUGUGUGUGUGUGUGUGUGUGUACUGACCCAAAUUUAUUCGAAACAAUGUUACCCCAUAUACUAAAAUGCAGACUGGGCAUUUCUGUGGCUUAUUAUUAACUCGAGGUUUUCUCUGCUGAGCUGGUUAUGUUCUGCAUGUUCCCACAAGACCGCGUGUUUUGUACGAGUGUGUAUAAAAUGGAGAUGCUGUUAUAAUAAAGAGCUUCGUUCAUCA